UAAUGGACACCUACCCCUGGGCGGCCACCCCCCAGCACCACGAGUGGCCUCCUCUGCUCCAGCUGCGGCCCGAGGACGUGGGCUUCGACGGGUACUCCAUGUCACGGGAAGGCUCCACCAGCAAACAGGUUCCGGUGAGCGAUGCUGAAGGAGAUCCUUUGAUGAACAUGCUCAUGAGACUGCAAGAAGCAGCCAACUACUCAAGUCCCCAGAGUUACGACAGUGACUCGAACAGCAACAGCCAUCAUGAUGACAUCCUCGAUUCGUCUCUGGAGUCGACGUUGUGAUCUUCCUCAGACAGAAAUAGGUUGUUUCCAUUAUUGCUCUCCCACUUGGCAAGAGCCCUGAUCACAGACUCACGAAAAGAACACGGUCCUGGGCUGGGCUGGGAUCUCAGUAUUAGAGCUGCAAGAACAAUAAGACACUUGGAGUCAGUCUUGAACCUGGGUGCAGGCAACCCAAGCAACCUUUGUAUUCUUUUUCUUUUGACGAUGAUGAGAACUGCACUGUUCCUUUGUUUUCUUCUGUUUAGUUGCUGUAAGCUCUCAUGCCUAAGAUACUGAAGAUGUUAAAAAUAAUCAUCAUUACUAAAAGUGAAAGGGAGGGGGGGGAACUUCACAGCAAUGAAGCAAACAGCUUUGUGCCAUGUACUGUCCGGAAGGAGAGGGGAGAGGAAAUUUUUGCCUAUGCUGCUUCUGACCAAACAAAUAUAGGUGAGGGCUGGACUUUUACCAAUCAGCUUUGUGGAUUAAACUCAGCUUCAUAUAGUUCUGGUGCUAUAACAAUGUCGCUUGCCUUGGUAAUAAUACUCAAUAAAGGCAAAGCUGCAAAACAGGGAAGUUUGAAUAAAUAUUAAAAAAGAGAAAAGGGGAAAAAAAAAAAAAAAGAAA